CACCCUGCAAACAUUUCCCUUUGAUCGCAAGAAGACCGUGCGGGCUUGCUUUGCCUAGUAAAAGAAGAGGCGUUCAAACCAUGGAUUCUUCUGAUACACAGGGGAAAAAAGUAGCUAUAAUUGGGGGAGGAUUGGUGGGUUCUCUAAAUGCUUCUUUCUUUGCAAGAAGGGGAUUCCAAGUAGAAAUGUAUGAAGCAAGAUCAGAUAUCCGUGGUUCAAGUGUAACUCGUGGCAGGAGCAUUAAUUUGGCCUUGUCUCAUAGGGGACGGCAAGCUCUCAAGGCAGUUGGGAUGGAAGAUCAGAUUGUGUCCAAAGGCAUCCCCAUGAGGGGAAGGAGAAUUCACACACUCUCAGGCAAAAGAUAUUCAAUUUUUUAUGGAACAAAAAGCCAGUAUAUUCUCUCUAUAGAUCGAGCAAAUUUGAAUAAGGAAUUAUUAACUGCUGCUGAGAAAUAUCCCAAUGUUAAAUUAUACUUUGAGCACAAAUUGCUUCACUGCAAUGUGGAAUCAGGGCUACUGACCUUUUCAGGAUCAGACCAAAUGACUAAAGAGGUCACCUGUGACUUAAUUGUGGGCUGUGAUGGAGCCUUUUCCACAGUUAGGAAGCCAUUUGUGAGACAAACACGGUUCAAUUACAGCCAAGUGUAUAUUCCACAUGGAUACCUGGAACUGAAAAUUCCUCCAAAAGAUGGAGAUUUUGCAAUGGAGCCAAACUACCUUCACAUCUGGCCUAGGAACACAUUCAUGAUGAUUGCGCUGCCAAACCUGGACAAAUCAUUCACAUGCACACUCUUCAUGCCCUUUGAUGAUUUUGAAAAGCUUGCAACAGGAGAGCAAGUCCUGAAUUUCUUCAAAACCUAUUUUCCAGACUCAGUUCCCCUAAUAGGAAAGCAAGAACUGAUGCAGGAUUACUUUAUGCUACCAGCUCAGGCUAUGGUAUCUGUGAAAUGCUCAUCGUAUCACAUUGGCUCUCAGUGCGUGCUAAUGGGAGAUGCUGCACAUGCGGUCGUACCCUUUUAUGGCCAAGGCAUGAACGCUGGAUUUGAAGACUGUCUAGUCUUUGAUGAGCUGAUGGACCAGUUUCAAAAUGAUCUCUGUGUUUGCCUUCCAAUGUUCUCAAAUCUGAGAGUACCUGAUGAUCAUGCAAUUUCAGACUUAGCCAUGUAUAAUUAUAUAGAGAUGCGGGAACAUGUGAAUUCAAGGUGGUUCAUUUUCCGAAAGCACAUAGACAAUUGGUUUCAUGCCCUCCUGCCCUCCACCAUCAUUCCUCUGUAUACUAUGGUGACAUUCUCCAGAAUCCGGUACCAUGAAGCUGUGCAAAGAUGGAAGUGGCAGAAUAAGGUGAUCAAUAGAGGCCUCUUCCUCAUCAUGGUAACAGCAGCAGUGAGUGGCAUCUAUCUGUUCAGAAAUGGAAAAUUACCCAAAGUGGACUUCCGCAUAAAGGACUUGUGGAGAUAGUUUUAAAAAUGGUCGAAAACUUCCAGAAAUCAUUUGAGAUAGAACUGAAUAUUUUCUGAAUAAUUAAUCUCUGCUUUAGAAGUUGUAUCUCCCAAAUAUUAUAAAAAUACAUAUGAUUUAGAUGAAUGGUGGAUCCAAGGUGGAUGGGCCAGCAGGAAGAGGCUGAGAAGAUGGGGUGGGGGGGUCAAAGUUGUGAAGAAUGCUGGCAGCAGAGAGUAUGUACUAGGAAAAUGGGGGGUAUUUGAAUCAGUUGUUAAUUCUGAUUACAUACUUGAAUCUCAUAUAUAAUCCCAGUUGAAUCUUCUCCUGCUUGCCUUUAAA